AGAUGCUAACUCCAACCAGUGAUGACAAGUGCAUUCUAAGCUGAUCUUACCUUUUAACCAGGGAGACCCUUGCUUGUUUCUCCACCUGAAGACAUAUGGAUGUGAGGCCCUAUAGCCUCGUUACAUAGAAUCCCCAGUCACUGUCAAGUCACUUGAAAAUAUAGUUGCUCAGCAGAGCCACUCAAUAUGAACACUGCAGACAGUGGAGUCGUUGGCCUUUGUGCAAUAUGUGGAGACAGAGCAACUGGUAAACAUUAUGGUGCUUCAAGUUGUGAUGGAUGCAAGGGGUUCUUCCGGCGCAGUAUACGAAAGAAUCAUGUUUACACCUGCAGAUUUAGCCGGCAGUGUAUUGUUGAUAAGGACAAGAGAAAUCAAUGCAGAUACUGUCGUUUAAAAAAGUGUUUUCGUGCCGGGAUGAAGAAGGAAGCUGUCCAAAAUGAGCGGGACAGGAUAAGUACAAGGCGAAGCAACUCUGAAGGCAGCAACAGUCCUUCUAUUAACACACUGGCCCAGGCUGAAGUGCUUUCUCGUCAGAUCCCUGUUUCAAGCCCCAGUGGUGGUAAUACUGACAUAAAUAUUAAGAAAAUUGCUGGUAUUAGCGAUGUCUGUGAAUCUAUGAAGCAACAGCUCCUUGUUCUUGUUGAGUGGGCAAAAUAUAUUCCAGCCUUCUGUGAACUACGGCUAGAUGAUCAGGUUGCUCUGUUAAGAGCACAUGCUGGAGAACACCUGCUUCUUGGAGCAGCAAAACGCUCGAUGGUUUACAAAGACAUUAUUCUUUUAGGUAAUGAUUUUGUAAUUCAUCGCAACAGUUCUGAAAUUGAGAUCAGUCGAGUAGCAAAUCGGAUUCUGGAUGAAAUAAUACGUCCAUUUCAGGAAAUUCAAAUUGAUGAUAAUGAAUAUGCCUGUCUAAAAGCUAUCCUCUUCUUUGAUCCAGAUGCAAAAGGACUGAGUAAUCCAAUAAAGAUCAGGAACAUGAGGUUUCAAGUUCAGAUCAGUCUGGAGGAUUACAUCAAUGAUCGCCAGUAUGACUCCCGGGGACGAUUUGGAGAACUCUUGCUGCUGCUCCCUACUUUGCAGAGUAUUACCUGGCAAAUGGUUGAGCAAAUACAGUUUGUGAAACUCUUUGGAUUGGUUAAAAUUGACAGCUUACUUCAGGAAAUGUUAUUAGGAGGUACUUCUAAUGAUGCUUCUAAUCUCCAUCCAGCACAUCCUCAUCUAGCUCAAGAUCCCCUCACUGGACAAACUUUGCUUAUAAGUCCAGUGACUGUUCCUGUACAUUCAGAACAGAUUUCAACUCCUGAAACUCCACUUCCUUCUCCUCCACAAGGCUCUGGCCAGGAAUACAAGAUAUCAACAAACCAAGUUACUGUUAUUUCCCAGCCAUCUCUUUUGAAACAAAAGCCAUUAUGAUACUGAUCAAUAUUUUUUGUAGUACAAGCACUGUGUUAAACCAUCAUGACACUGGAAAACUCAGGACACAGAACUUCGACCUGCUAUUAAAGAAGACAAGUACUGGUCUCUUUGGAGAAGAGGGGGGGGGGGGAGAGAUUGCUUUUGCUAAUAUUUUUUUAAAACCUGAAUUCAGAUAGAAUUUGUGGUUUCUAAUAUGUGAUAUGAUGAAAAAAAACUGUUCCAUGUUUGCAGUGCUUUGAAUCACAAUUGAGGAGAUUUAAUUUAUUGUCCCUCUAUACCAUUUGUCAUCUUAAAAAAUCUUAAGUAAUAUUCAUUGCAGAAUGCAAAGUCUGAUUUUAAUAAAAAUGAAAUCUGAAAUGUAGAAAUAAUGAAACGGCAAAGCGAGUGGUUUUAACAGUUAAUCAAAGCAGGCGUCUCAUUUUCUUGAGUAUAUAGUACAGGUUAAAAGCCAAAAUGCUUCCUGAAAGCAUCUAUAUAUUGUGUGUGUGUGUGCGUGCAUGUACAUGUAUUGCACAUGUUUAGUCAGAAAUAAGGCUCACUGUAUUUGAUCACAACCGGGGAAGUGUACAUAAGACUGGAAGUUGUAUAAAAGGCAGUCACAGUUAUUUCAGUGGAAUUUUUUAAGUCAGUGAAUUUUGCUCUUGGACUUGCUUCAUAAAUACAUUUUCAUCUGUACCUAAACAUCAAAAGAUUUUAGGUUCUUCAUGUACAAUUAGUUUCUUGCACAUUCUUUAUCUUAUUAUAAGCUGCUUUGUUAUGUGCCAUUAAAGCAUUUCAAUGAUUUAAAACAAUAAAAUAGGAGUGCUACCAAAAUUGGCCUUCCCUUCCACCAACCCACACACCAACAGCUGCUGGUCUGUUCCAUGCUAGUGGGUAGUGAAUUUGCUCUGGCUUUUAAAAUGAAUUUUAAAGGAAUUCUCCAAAGUCUAAAAUCCUGUCUCUGCCCCCACUUUUUGUGGCUCCUUUUUGCGCCCUGGAAAGGCCUGAUUGGGGCUACGGCAUGCGGUUGCUGCGGCCACAAUCCAGCUAGGAAAGGGGCAUCAUCAUGCCGUCCCUUAAGGGCUGCCUGUACAGCCCCUUAGACAUAAUCAUUCACAUCUUUUCUGAAUGUUUUUUUUUAGAGUAAAUGUUUUUUUAAGUAGAAAUGUUUAAAAUAAUGACAGUGGACUCCACAUACAUAGCAGUACAUCUCUUAGAUCCAAUGUUCAAUGUUAGCAAUGUUACUGAUGAAGCAUUGCUGCCAGCAUUAUUAGACAUUUUUGUCGCUGGUGUAAUGAUCAUGAAAAUGAAGAGAAUAAAGAUGAGCAUGGUAGCUCUGUGCUGCCUCAAUCUCUGUUCCUAUUGGCCUUCAUGUGUUGAGGCUGAAUGUCUGUGGUCUAUCCAUGUACAAUUUAGAAUGCUGAAGGUGGGUGUUGCUGUUGCUGCUGCUGCUGCUGUGUGCCUUCAAGUUGUUUCUGACUUAUUGACCCUAAGGUGGACUUUUCACAGAUUCAAAUUGGCAAGAUUUGUUCAGAUGGGAUUUGCCAUUGGCACCUGAGGCUGAGAGACUGUAACUUGACCAAGGCUACCCACUAGGUAUCUGUAAUCAAGUGAAGAUUUGAACCCUGGCCUCCAAGAAUCCUAGUCCAACACUCAAAUCACUACACCACAUUGGAACAAUUAAUUAAAGAAAUUCCAAACUAGAUGACGUUUGGUCUCUACUACAAGGUUGUUCAUAUUUUUGUAUAAACUUCAAAGGUUUAGUUAAUACAAAUUUAUAUUUGAUUCAGACAAGCACAUAAACAAAAGCCUAUUUCCAUCCUGCCCCCUCACAGCUUUUCCCCUUGAAAUAAAAUAAAAUAAAAUGUGUAACAACUGCUCUCCUAUCCAGAGAUGUUACACUGAUUUCCCCUUAUGAUACUAUGUUGCAUUCAGUUCUUUCCUGUGAAUUUCAGAGCCCCCGGACCUCAUGGGAAUGACACCAUGGCAUGGCUACUAUCCAUAUCAAUGCUGUCUGGAAAAUGUACUAGGGCAUAAUCCCACCCUGUAAGCGGCAACUCUGAUUUGACUAAGAAGGGACAGCCACAUUAGAAAGACCACCACCAACAGCUAGGGAUGUGUUGCAGCCAAACUGCUCCACUAAGACACCCCUGCACAGGCAUCCUGUGAUAUGGCUUCUCCAACUUUGUUCUCCAUCACCUGACCACAAGUCUAGGCUAUGAGCAGCCUGGAAAGGAGUGAAGAGAAGGUGGAGUGAAUUGAAUAAGGCAACUGCACUUUUAAACUCAACACUCUUGAGGAAGGAAUGCACAAGUGGUGAUCUGGGCUGAGAAUUUGGAUUAUAGACCUUUGUGGACCAAGUUGUUCAUCUGGAACAUUCUUGAGAUUCUAUAACUCAGGUCAUCUUUAAUUUGUGGCUUCCACUACAGGACAGGACAGUGUGGUUGUGGUGAUGAAAAAAAGGAGCCAUGUUGUGGACACUUUGAGCCUCAUUUUGGUUAACUCAAGAUAUUGAUAUUACAGUUGGCCCUCCUUAUCCAUGGAUUUUUUUAGCCACCGAUUCAAGCAUCCACAGCUUGAAAAUAUUUUUAAAAUAUAUAAAUUCCAGUAAGCAAACCUU